AUGAUAUCAAAUAUAUUGAUAAAUAAUUAUUUGAGAUUUGUACUACUUGCUGGAAGACGUUUAGCAAGUACUCAAUCUAAUGUUAACAUAGGUGAUCAAAUGAAAAUUCUAAACGAUAAUAAACAGUAUAAAAAAGCUCUUGAAUUAUUUGAUGAAUUCAACGAAAAAACCAUAGAUAAAUGUUCCAAUUGGAUUAUUAUUCAAGCUUUAAAAGCAUGUACUCAAAUAUGUGAUGUUCAACGUGGUUUGAAGAUUCAUAAUCUUAUUUCAUCUCGUUUAAAACAUGAUCCUUAUGUAUUACCAUCAUGA